AACGACUGUGCCGUUUUAGAUGCUUUUACUUUGAUUUUUCUACGAAUAAUUCAUUUCUAAAUUGGUUUUAAGAUUGUAUCAUCUCGUGCACGGGCUAUUUUUAUCAAUUUCCAUAAGUGGAUGGGCCGAGAAACCCAAGCUUGCGACGUGUCUAAUGGCGCUGACGGGAUGAUUUCGCGCGCGAAUGUGACGGAUUCGUGGCAUUUUUUCGAGCAGCGGAUUGAUAAAUUUCAACAUUUUAACGCUUAAUAUCGAUAGUUCAUGCUCUUUAGCGAAUGUAAAAUACUAAAAUAUCCACAUUAUCUAUGAAUUACUGCCCUAAAAUACGCUUAGAAAAAUUUUCUCCCGCCAAUCAGCAGGGGGCACGCUGUAGGAAGAUCCAUCUAUUUAGCGUACAAUACGCCCUAAUAUACCGUAUUUUUAGUAUUUAUGCAAUUCUACAAUGGUUCCAGUUAAAAUAGAGCCGAUCAGUUUUAUGUUAAAUUUGGAAAUAUGCCCUCAAUUACGGUUGUCAAGUGACAUAACCCUAUUUGCAACUUGAACAUGACAUGCGGCUGUGGAGAUAGUGUGGCGGUGUCGCUGCCCCCUCUACAAUGGCACAAACUGGUUCCUCCAGCGAAUCUAGUGAAAAUCGUAUGAAUCUAAAGAGAAAGAGGAACUCCACAGACGAUGAGUUAGAAAACCAGCCCCCGGCAAAGAUACCUUCCAAGACUGAUGAGGACAUUGAUGACCAGCCUGCUCACAAUGUGGUGGUGGAGUCAUCAUCAUGCUCCAGUGACGAAGAGAGCUCACAGUAUGAAGGGAAUGAACCAAGGAGUGUUUUCACAGACUUAGAUUAUAACCCAGACAGUUUCUUAAGCCCACCGAGUAUACCUGAUCUUCCUAACUGUGUGCUGAGCCCUUUGGAGAAUGUUGCUAGAGGCGAGUCCACUCCACAUUCAAAUAAGAGGCCAAGUACAAGUAAACCCCUGUGCCCCACACCACCAAAACGUAAAUGUCCCCUGCCUGGAUUGUCCUGGGCGGAUCCUAAAGAUGUGUGGAACAGCAUGUGUGAUUGUGACGCCAGGUCUAGCAUGAAGAAGAAUCCCAAUAUGUUUGACAAUCAUCCAAAUCUUCAGCCGAGGAUGAGAGCUAUCCUGCUGGACUGGCUCAAUGAGGUAUGCGAGGUGUAUAAACUGCACAGAGAGACGUUCCACUUGACGGUGGACUAUGUGGACCGAUACCUGUCCAACACAGAGGACGUGCAGAAGGGCCGCUUACAACUUAUUGGUAUCACAUGCUUGUUCAUAGCGGCGAAAGUGGAAGAAGUGUAUCCUCCAAAAAUCGGCGAGUUCGCAUACGUAACGGACGGCGCGUGCACCACCGACGAGAUCCUACUAGAGGAGCUCCUCAUCCUGAAAAUCCUGUCGUGGAACAUCACGCCCAUCACCAUCAACGGGUGGCUGAACGUGUACAUGCAGCUCGCGAGCGAGGGCCGCAGCGCGCUGAAGCGUCUGCUCGGCGAGCAGGAGUCGGGCGCCAACGCGCUGCGGCCGUACACGUUCGUGUUCCCGCAGUACUCGUCACUGGAGUUCGUGACGUGCGGACAGCUGGUGGACCUGGCCGUGCUGCACGUAGACGUGAACCGGUGGUCGGCCGGCACGGUGGCGGCGGCCGCGGUGGCGCACACGUUCGGCCGCGACCUGGCGGAGCGCGUGUCGGGGUUCGCGUGGGAGAGCGUGCGCGCGUGCCACGCGUGGCUGCGGCCCGCCGCCCGCCUGCUGCGCGGCGCCGGCGCAUGCGUGCUGCGCGCCGCCGACGGCGAGUUCGUGCAGCGCGCCGCCGGGCUCGACCUCAUCUGCCCCGCGCUCAACAGCGACGAGAGCCACCGCGUGCAGCAACACAAUGUCAGCCUCGACAUGUUUGAUAAAGUUUACCAGGAGAUGACUGAGCAAACGGAGUGGGCGGGCGCGGGCUCGUCGCAAGAGACGGAGCUCCCGCCUCCUGAGCAGCACAUCUACCCUCCCACGCCGCCGCAGUCUGACCACAAGAGCCCCAAGACUCCGGGCACCAAGACGCCCUCCUCGCGGCACGACGCCCUCGACGUGGCACUCAGGCCCGACCUGCAUUGACCGGUGAAUUAUCUGUGAAUGUUGUGUUAUGUCCGUGAACUACAGUGUAGUUCAGUUUUAAUAAGUCGAUACACGGGACUCGGUGCAGUGUGUCGCCGCUCGCCGCGCGAGCUUGUUAAACUUUUUACCGAGCGCAAGGUCACAGUCGUAGCAAAUAAAGCGUCAGUGGGACAUUUUGAGCAAUUCUCGUAACAUCGGUGCCUACAGCGUGCUUCUACGCUGCACCCAUACUCGAGGACGUGCUGGACCGACUGCGGCCGAACUUAUAGUCAUUCGUGACAUCAAUAUACAUGAUUGUCGGAGGAAGUGCCGAUCUUUGACAAACGUACUCGCGAUGAAGAAUUUAGCCGACUGAUAUCCAAUCUUCAUCGCGCGUAUUAUUAAACGGAACUGUCUAAUUUUUAGAUGUAAAAUGAUCUGAUACUGCUGGUGACUCUUGGACAAUGAUAUAUUUGGUGACUGACGCUGUCUUCACAGAAAUGAUUAGCGUAUUCACCAGCUAAUUCAAGAAAUGUAAAUAAGUAUCUAUAGUUCAGAUGUUUGCUUAAUGAAUGUGUUCAUUCAGCUUUUCUAAGAAAACUGAUAUUGGGAAAUUCAUUAAUGACAAUUUUGACUAUUCUAAAAUUACACCUAAUAGCACCGUACAUCCUUGACAAAUAGGUAAAUAUUUACAUUUCUGGAACCGUCUGAUGAACACACUACCUGAACAAGACGAGCACACUCCGUCUCGGCAAAACUACUUAAAGCUGCAGUCAUGCCAUUUUUAUCGUAUCAGUGGGAUUGUAGGAAAAUACCGUUCCUUCUCCCAGUACCCAUUCCUACCCUUAAAGUUGGCAAGACAUCACAAUUACUUUGAAUUUGUGGAUGGUAAUGAGCAGUGACAACCACUUAGCACGUUCCCACUCUUUGGAUGUCGGGCCUGACAAUACAUCUAGUGCUGUAGUGGCCGAACAUUUUACAUGAAGCUGUUAACACUUACCCGACAAUGUUUUUUGUAGACACUUAAUAUAAAAUGUUCUGCAACUAGAGCACCCGAUAUCGGUGGCGAAUUGUCCACAUAACCGGAUUCUUGCCGGCUUCUCUUUCCUUAUAUAAAAUCUAGUAAUCAUUAGAACGAUUUGCAGUAUGUAUGCAUAUUUGUAGUACCUAUAUGUUGUGUCAGGUACCCUUUGGGAAAAUUUCACAAUGCGCCACUGCCUGAUUAUUAUCGGCUUCGACAUCCGACAAGUUGGAAUGAGCUGUUACUACGGUAGAACUAGUUCGUUAACCGGCCUUCUUAAAUACUCAUUGUAUCCCAGUUAAAGCUACUAACACGCGACACUAACUCGCCCGUGUGGAGUGUGGCAGCCUUCUAACCAACUAGCGCACUAAUUUGCUGUUUGAUGUUUAGUUACUCACAUCUAUUUAACUGGGAUAUACUGUACCUUAAUAUUUUAUUCAUCCUCGCCAUUAAUCAAGUAUCCCAUGCUUUUUCCUCCUUUUCAUCCCAACUUACUUUGUUUUAGGUCGAAGACUUUUUUGUUGUUUCCAUAGACUGAGUAGGGUUGGCUUAAGGGUGCUUUUCCUUUGUAGCAAUGCGCGACUGAGAUAAUUAGACAUGCAGAAAUUGACAAUGUUAUUUUGACGCUCCGCUUGUAAAGGCAUCGUAAAUCUACGCAAAAGUUGCUAGUUAAUUGAACAAGCGUCACAUCAAUAAGUCCAAGAUAGGUCCCAGCAACAGCUUGAUUGGUGGAGUAUGAAGAUGCAUUUGUGCAUCAAAUUGACUGAAAAUGUAAACUUAGGUACUUGUGAAUACGUUCACAUAAUUCUACUUAGUCUCCGAAGAGAACUUUGUUCCUAUGGUAUCUUGGAUGGUGAGCCGCCGAAGAACCGCUCGCUGCUUAGACAUUCCUAUCGUGUAAUGUAAGAUAUGAGUAAUGUAAAGAGUCGACAGUCCACCGCUUGUUUCUAACCGUUAUAUAUGUGUGUAGUUAUAAUUCAUCAGUUAAGGUUGUGUUCACUCGUCACUUUGUUUUAUUAUAUAAGUGAAUAUUGUAAAUAAGAAUGCAUUAUCCCUAAUCAUUAUCAAUAAUCAAUCUUAUUGCCGUAUGUCGAUGAAUGAUAUUGAGUCGUAUAUUUAUUUAAAACAUCGCUUAUACUGCGUUGUGGUGGUAUUUUGGUUUAAGAUAAUAGUCUUGGAAAGUUUAAUAGAUACUUUUUGUCACAUUAGAAAUGCGGGAACGGGAUGUUGUCUGAUAAGAUUAAUAUUUUAUAACUUUCGUGAAUGGUAAUAAGCUGUAUAUAACAUAUUGACGUCGACUGAUAAACUCCGAUAUAAGUGAUUAGAGUUUUUAGGAGAAUAUUUUUGGUAUUUUUGCAGAACGAAAAAUGAGUGCCAAGAUAGGCGUAUUUUCGUCGCACGAUUGCUCAUUAUUUUGACAUGCGUAUGAUGCACAUGCACAUAUUCCGGGGGUGUACCAACGCUCCAACGCACUCGAACUUACCUCUUGCCGCUUGUGUACCGUAGGGGGUCUAUGAAAAUGUUCUAGUUGUCAAUUGGGAAUAUUAAGAAAAUUUUAUUCGUAUAUUUAUUUGUAUUUCAUUGUGCUUUAUAUUUAAUUUAUACUAUGUAGUGAUAAAUCGGCAGCAUCCCAAACAUUGAAAGUUCAUCUUAAACGUUAAUACCACUGCGUGGCUUUGCAUUAUACGUUACCACAAUAUUAUCCAUUUUGUUUUAUCCCACAAUCAAAUUGUAGACCUUAAUCAAAUAACAUACAAGCAUAUUAUGGGACAUCCCCCAACUGAACUCUCAAAAUUAGUUUAAGUAAAUUUAAUAAUAAUAAUACCUAGUAGUUCACAUUGCUUUAAAUUAUGUAAAUAAAUUGAUAAUUCUGUAAUUUAUUAGUUGAAUAAACGAACUAUAUAAACGAGUUCAGAACUGAUUUAUAUUCAAGACUUGCGCGCAAGCAAUGCAAUUAAUAUAUGAUAAACUACGGAACAUAGUGUAUUUUUAAUUCAACAUUUUAACCAAAGACUGUCCGCUGGACGAGAAUCUUCGUUUGUUAUUUUGAAACCCAUUUGUGUAAUACUUUUGUCAACUUGAGAGCGAAUAAAAUUAUUAUCAGUCCAGCUAGUCCAGCUAUAUUUUACGUAAAAAAAAAUAUGGUAAAAUUUACAGUUUUUUGAACGGUAUUCGGUGAGUCGAGUUGGAAGAUAUAACAAAAAUUAUGCACAUACACCUUAUCAAUUUAUUUACAAAAUACUGUGUGCAGUGGAAGUCUAUAAAUAUAACUCCAACCUAGUGGCAAGAAGUUUCCCUUGCGAGUUAUUUAUUGCAUUUCUUUACGCUACAAAUUGCACUAGUUUGUAAAAUUAGCGACAUCACGUCAUAUGUAUUGUACGCUUUAGUUUAUUGUUACUGGGCCACACGUGUAGGGUCCGUGCAGUGGCAGGGGUUUGCCAUUAUUAUUGACCAAUUGACAACAUAUUGACGGCAUCCACGCUCCGCAUCCUCCGUGGCGGAUGCGUGUGAUAUCGUUCGUAUAAUUAAUGUAUGCAUGAUCCCAAGAAUGCGCACGUUGCCGCCACAUCACGGUCAUUGCGUUGUGGCCAUUUGUGCAAGUACGGGCAUACUUGUCUACAUUAGACGAACCCCAACUCGACUGAACGCUUAUUGAGCGCUGUUCUUGGCAAUUCUGACUGUACUUACAGAUUUUGUGUAUUAGCUGCCUAUUUAUAUUAUAACGUGCCUUAAUAUUUAAUCACUAUCUAGCGACUCUGUACUAUAAGAGGAUGUAUGUGCAUUCUGGACGCGUGUAUAUAAAAUAUAGAAAAUGGUUUUACUAGUUCGUAAUAAAAAAAUAUAUAUAUUUAUUGUAUGACGAGCCACGCUAUACUAGCAUCUACUUCGGUAAGGUAUUGUACAAAUAUUUAUAUUGAACAGAAAAAUAAAUUCAAGUAUCGUUGUAGCUCACUCCUCGCUGUAAACACCAACUUAUUUGUUGUGCGUUUCGCUUUUUUAAGAUUAAACCAUUUUGUAACUUACAAAAGCGGACCAUUAGAAAAUUGUUAGUAUCUGUAGUGUGAAAAUGAUAGUGAUUUAUUGAUGUUACUGUUAAGUUUAGAAAUAAUAAUUACAGCGUCGGAGUUGUGUUUGCGAGCGAGCAGUGAGCCGCCUGUCUAACAAAUUGCGUUGUACCUAACAUUAGAACCGGGUAUCGUAGCAUUACUGUAGUUAAUUCUUGUAGCAUUAAGUUGAACGAUUACGCUUAUCCACUAAGGCGAAGGCUCACCUUAUUAAUAAGACUCUUAUAGAUGUGUUACUUUCAUUGAACAACUUAAAAUAUAUACGUAGAGGCAAUGACGCCUUUUAGUAUUAAGUUAUUUUUAUAUCAAUUUAUGGGAAGCUUAUAAGAUAAAACAUAGUAAUAUAAUAGGAUUUUUCAAUUGUAUUUCUGGAUAGUAUGUGAUCUCAUAAGUUGAACUCGGAAGCCAUUUGUUAUUGUUCAUGAAUCGUUGUCUCUUGUGCAAUACGCAUUGAUCACAUUGAUUGUACACUUGGAUGUCACGAAAUAAAAGUAUUAAUAAACGGUGUUGAUGAUGA